AUGUUUAAUCCCAGGAUUGGGCUCUUUUUUAUUAUAUGUUCAUUUUUGUUGUGUGCUUUCUCAUUUGCAACAACGGUUGAAUAUGAUACAAAUGCCAUUAUCAUCAAUGGAGAACGACGAAUAAUAAUAUCUGGUGCAAUCCACUACCCACGCAGCACUUCCCAAAUGUGGCCAGAUCUUAUUAAGAAAGCAAAAGAUGGUGGUCUUGAUGCCAUCGAAACAUAUAUAUUUUGGGACCUUCACGAACCUAUUCGCCGCCAAUAUGAUUUUUCUGAAAAUCUAGACUUCAUCAAGUUUCUAAAAAAUGUUCAUGAAGAAGGUCUUUAUGUUGUGCUUCGAAUUGGUCCUUAUGUUUGUGCUGAAUGGAACUAUGGAGGUUUCCCAAUGUGGUUACACAACUUGCCAGGGAUUCAACUAAGGACUGACAAUGUAGUUUUUAAGGAGGAAAUGAAAAUAUUCACAACAAAGAUUCAAAACAAUGCUCCAUCACCUAUUAUCAACACAUGCAAUGGUUAUUAUUGUGAUAAUUUCAAGCCAAACAAUCCUAAAAGCCCCAAAAUGUUUACAGAGAAUUGGGUUGGCUGGUUCCAAAAAUGGGGUGAAAGGAAGCCACACAGAACUGCUGAAGAUGUAGCAUUUUCAGUUGCACGUUUUUUUCAAAACGGUGGUGUCCUCCAAAACUACUACAUGUACCAUGGAGGAACAAAUUUUGGAAGAACUGCGGGUGGUCCAUAUAUUAUUACAGCAUAUGACUAUGAUGCACCACUUGAUGAAUAUGGUAACUUGAACCAACCAAAAUGGGGACAUCUUAAAAAACUCCAUGCCGCCAUAAAGUUAGGAGAGAAGGUUCUCACUAAUGGAACGGUUACAGAGAAGCAAUAUGGAUAUUCAAUAUAUUUGACUACAUAUGCAAAUAAUGCCACUGGAGAAAAAAUUUGUUUUUUGAGUAAUUCACAUAAUUCUAAGGAUGUUGAAGUUGAUCUACAACAAGAUGGAAAGUACCAUGUGCCUUCUUGGUCAGUGUCUAUUCUCCAAGAUUGCAACAAGGAAGUUUUCAACACUGCAAAGGUUGAUGCACAAACAAAUGUUUAUGUGAAGAAACUAUCUAAAGAAUUAGGAAACUCACUCAUCUGGACAUGGGCAUCUGACCCUGUGGAAGACACCUUACAAGCAAUAGGUACAUUUAACGCGUCUCAACUUUUAGAGCAAAAGAGUGUUACCGUUGAUGCUAGUGAUUAUUUGUGGUACAUGACCAAGGUUUUCAUCAAUGAAACAUCCACUUGGAGUAAUGCAACUUUGCAAGUGAACACAUCAGGCCAUGUUCUUCAUGCCUAUGUUAAUGGACAAUAUAUUGGCCCACAGUGGGGAACAUAUGAUAACCUUCGUUUUACAUAUGAAAAAAUCGUUUCAUUAAAACAAGGUACCAACAUUAUUAGUUUACUAAGUGGUACAGUUGGUCAUGCGCAUUAUGGUGCAUCUUUUGAUAUGAAAGAAACUGGUAUUGUUGGGGGUCCUGUGAAACUCAUUGCAACCAGUUCAGGUAAUACUAUGGAUUUAUCAAAAUCUAGUUGGUCAUACAAGGUUGGAUUAAACGGUGAGGCUAGAAGGUUCUAUGAUUCUAAAAUUAAAAAUGGAGUUCAAUGGAACAUAAACAAUGUUGUUAUAGGAAAACCAUUGACUUGGUACAAGACUACUUUUAAGACCCCUGAAGGUAAAGACUCUGUAGUCUUGGAUUUCAUAGGCCUUACAAAAGGACAUGCAUGGGUUAAUGGUCAAAGUAUUGGAAGGUAUUGGCCUACAAUGGUAGCUGACAAAAAUGGAUGUGAUAUUAAAUGUGAUUAUAGAGGAAAUUAUGGAGCUGGUAAAUGUUUGAGUGGUUGUGGAGAACCAUCUCAGAGGUUUUACCAUGUGCCAAGGUCAUUCUUAAAUAAUGACACAAAAAGUAACACGUUGGUUUUGUUUGAGGAAAUGGGUGGAAGCCCUUUUAAUGUGUCUGUUCAAACAGUUGCAAUUGAUUUUAUAUGUGCAAGAACAGAUUAUGGAAAAACCUUAGAACUAAAAUGCCCUGAUGGAAAAACUAUUUCAGAAAUCCAGUUUGCGAGCUAUGGAGAUCCACAAGGAAAUUGUGGAUCAUUUCAAGUAGGUGAAUGGGAAUCACGCCAUAGUGUGGCAGUGGUCGAAAAAGCAUGUGGUGGAAAACAAUUAUGUUCAAUUAACGUGACAAGUUCCAUAUUUGGAAUAACUAAAGGUGGCAUAAAUGGCCAGCUAGCUGUGCAACUCCUAUGUGAUGGCUCUAAUCCUGAAGAUAAUCGUGUACAAAUGGUGCACGUGUAG